GAAUUACCAAGGAGAAUAGACGGGCUUGAAUAUAUAUAAACUGGAUCUUUGGGAGUUGACCUGGGUCAGUUGUCCGAAGUAUCAACUUGACCACUGACCAGUAGUGUUUAAACAAACGAUUAUUUAGUGGUGUUUUCCGGUUUAAGUGGACAACUUUUCAUCAUUUCCAUAUUUAGUUCUCUAUACAUAUUGCGUGCGGCCCUGCUGAGAUCAACAAAUUGUAUAUCCUUCAUCACCAGAAGAGAGCAAACAGUGUUUCUCAGACUCAAUGGCGACUAUUCCACAUCCGGUUUAUUCAGCAAGCCCGAUUUCUGCGCUGACGAACUGGAGUGAAAUGUACCCCAUCAGUCAAUCAAGGCCGUACUCCAUGGGAUCUUUAGGAGUACCUCUACAAACCUGCCUAACAUUCAACGCAUACACAUUCAACCAAUGGGGAUCGGCUAUGUACCCGACAUUUGUACCUAGGGGAGGGAACUCCGAUUUACAUGAAAAACUAAACCGGAAGGACGAGAACAAUAGAGAAUGUGUACCUGUUCGGAAGCCUCGGUUUGAUUUUGCCAACCUCGCAAAAGCAGCAACAGAGGGCGCUACCGAUAGAAGGGACGGGAUCGACAUCGAGGCUCAGAUAAUUAGUCAUGUUAUGAUGAAUAUCGGUUCGCUGAGAUACAACCCCAUGACAAGUAGUUUCAGUCCUGUGACGUCAUCACCACGUGCUAACCCUGUGACCCCAAAUAAACGACCUCGCGGCAGAGGACCAGCAAGAACCAAGAAAGAGUUUAUCUGUAAAUAUUGCGGUAGAAAUUUUACUAAGUCGUAUAACCUGCUGAUUCACGAGCGGACACAUACAGACGAACGCCCCUACUCCUGUGAGAUCUGCGGCAAGGCCUUCCGGCGUCAGGACCAUCUCCGAGACCAUAGAUAUAUCCAUUCAAAGGAGAAACCAUUUAAAUGUACAGAAUGUGGGAAAGGUUUCUGUCAGUCCAGGACUUUAGCUGUCCACAAAACUCUUCACAUGCAGCAACAGAAUGGCCAGGCACCGACGAAACCCCUGAAGCUUUGCAAAACCACGUGAAUAGCAGUGUUGUGAAGCGUGAACUCAUGAACAAUUUCAAAUGUUGUCAUGGCGACAAGUACCAACAAUAUGAACUCAUGCCCAAAUAUCGCAAUUUUUCUAUCAUGCGUACUUUGGAAGCGAGACUCGAAAGUCGUUUUGUUAAAUGGAAUGAUUUGCCAUGUAAGAAACACAUUGAAGAGCGAACUCUCGCGAGACUGGCGUGACAUCACACUGCAUGCGUGACAGUAUCGUCCAUUGAAGAGCGAGCUCUCGCGAGACAAAUAUGACAGAGUACUGCAUGUUUGGAAGUGUUGCCAGUUGAAGAGCGAACUCUCGCGAGACGACAGAUGUGUUAAAACACGGCAUGUUUGAUAGUGCUGGCCAUUGAAGGAUGAACCUUAACGAAGACGUGUGUACUUAUAAUGAUGACGUCAUCAUUUCGGACAUAAACGUCCUCCAUUGAUCAUACCUCGGAUAUUUAAGAUAUUAUAUAUUUGAUAUUCGCCCUCAUCAUCAAGGUUGUGACAAUAUAUAUUAUUAUGUAUUUAUUUCCUAUACACUUAGUGAGUGGUCUGUGAGAGGGUGGUAAGUGAAGUGUGUUGUGAGAGUGUUGUAGAAAAAAUGGAUGUCUGGGUUCCCUAGCCGACGCUUUGUUGUGAGAGAGUGUUUCAUUUUUGCCUUCCUUCGUUUUGUAAUCCAAUGAAACUGCAGAAUACAUUUUCUAUUACACAGCUCAAUAACAAGUUAUCAAGGAUCAAUAUCAAUAUAUCAAAUAUCAAGGAUUAUCGCCAAUGUUAACGACGAAUCGUCGUACCAAUACUUGCACGUUUCCCUCCGUGUAUCGACGGGCCCAUUUAUAUCAACUAUAUAUAAUUCUCCGGACUUUCAGUAUAGCAAGGUUAUAUUUCUAUAUUGUUUUUAAACAAACCAGUGUUUUUAUGCUCAGUCUAAGUGUGGCUGUGUGUGUGUGUGCGCGCGAUGCGAUGAUGUGUUGUGGACGAUUUAGAGAGAUGUGCAUGACGCCCAGAAUGUACGUUAGCUGUAAAGUCUAGUCAAGUUUCAAUAUGUUAAUGUUGUUAACGGAAGUGGAGUCACUUUAUUCCGGACAUCUGGUUAAGUUAAUAUUUUCCAAAUUGCGAAUUGUGUCAAAAUUACGAAAAAAAAACAAAAAACAAAAACACAUCUAAACCAUAAUCUUGUUCCCUCAAUAUACACAUACGUUUGUAAAAAUCUUAUAAAGAGAAAUGUUGGUUCUGGUUUAGUAUCGUUCAGUAGAUUUCACUGCAAAUAUACAUUACAUUAAUAAUUAAUUACGCAGAUCAUUAAAUCAAUCCCCCUAGAACAUCUCGACUGACUUUCUCUUCGUCAUUCUCAUAAAAAAAAACACUAAAAUUUUAAGUCUCGCCCAUAAAUCACAUUACUUAUGCAUGCAUUUACAAAAGUUCGUUAUUUCGGAUAUUUGUUCGAUACCGAUUUAUCCGGUUUAUCGUGAUUCCAUAACAUGUGCUAAUUCUUAUUUAUUUAUUUUUCAAAUGUGAAAUUACAGUAUAAAGCUAACACGUGCUAUUUCUUUUUGUCAUACUAUUGGUAAGUAAUAGGACACUGCUCGCUACUGUGUACAAGUGUAACUGGACGUGUGUUUUACGUGUGGUAUAAAUGCGCGUGUUUGUCGAUCACAAAGUUAGACAUGCAUACUAAUUUUAUUGAAAUAUGUGCUUAUUAUUAUAUUUUUGUCUGUCUGGAUAAUUUUGUUCCGAUAAAAAUCCUGCGAAACACAAUGCAUUUGUAUGAAAUGCCAUAGUACGGAUUGGUAAUGUCCAGAAUGUUAGUGUUACGGAUGAAACCUGUUCCACAGUAUUUAUACUGUAAUUGGCGUCUCCAAAAAACAGAGGACCAAUGUGACCUGUUGUUACUUAACUGAAAUAAAAAAUAUUCGAAUACAUUGA